AUGAAGUACUCCCUCGUCAUCACCGUCGCUUUUGUGCUGCUAGCUACUGCAUCUCCUGUCCCGUCCCCGGAAUCUAUCAGCAACGGCGCAAUGGGCAGCGGCCGUAUUCCCUGCAAUGGGAAGAACAAGGCAAACUGUGUUCCUGGGGGCAGUACAGGGUCCGCCAAUCCCCCAAGCAGUGGCUGCAAUCAGAACAACAAAUGCCGUGGUGGCAGCAAACUUCGACGCAUGGUGGCGGAUGAAUUUGCUGCUGAGGAUAACGAGCCUGAGGAUUAA